UCAUCCUCCUCCUUCUCCAUCCUUCAGCAUCCCGGGGGGGGGGGCUCAUGCCACCUGCCCCCGCGCCCUGCGGGUCGCCUCGCCCGGAGAGCGGCGGAGCCCCUUAGGGAGGAGCGGCGGCGGCGCUGAGGGAGGAUGGCGGACACGGAUCUUUUCAUGGAAUGUGAGGAGGAGGAGCUGGAGCCGUGGCAGAAGAUCAGCGAUGUCAUCGAGGACUCCGUGGUGGAGGAUUACAAUUCCGUGGAUAAAACCGCCCCAGGCGGGAAUGCCGUGGUCCCCCCCGGGGGCCAGUCCCUGGUGCUGACCCAGAGCCCCACGCCGGCGCUGGGGGCCGUGGUGACGCAGCCCCUGCUGCGGCCGGUGCAGAUCAUGCAGAACGCCAACCACGUGCCCACCCCCCCCGUGACCAGCCAGCCCAUCUUCAUCACCACCCAGGGGUUUCCCGUGAGGAACGUGAGGCCCGUCCAGAACACCAUGAACCAGGUGGGGAUCGUGCUCAACGUCCAGCAAGGGCAGACAGUGAGGCCCAUCACCCUCGUGCCAGCCCCAGGUACCCAGUUUGUGAAGCCGGCCGUGGGGGUGCCCCAGGUGUUCUCCCCCGUGGCCCAGGUGAGGGCAGGGGCCCCUCUGCCCGUCAGACCUGCUGCCAACACCUUCACCACGGUGAUCCCGGCCACGCUGACCCUGCGCAGCACCGUGCCCCAGGCCCAGGCCCCCCAGCAGAUGAGCAUCGCCAGCUUCGUGACCGUCAAGAGGCCCGGGGUGACGGGGGAGAACAGCAACGAGGUGGCCAAGCUGGUGAACACCCUCAACACUGUCCCCUCCCUGGGACAGAGCCCCGGCCCCCUCGUGGUGUCCAACAGCAGCCCCGGGUCCCAGAGGUCCAGCGUGUCGGAGUCCUCGUCCUCCUCCUCCUCCCUCAAAGUCAGCUCAUCCCCUAUCCCCACCUUCGACCUGCAAGACGGCGGCAGGAAGGUUUGUCCCCGCUGCGACGCCCAGUUCCGGGUCACUGAAGCUUUGAGAGGACACAUGUGUUACUGCUGCCCCGAGAUGGUGGAGUUCCUGAAGAAGAGGAAAUCCCUGGACUCAGAGCCCCCCCUGCAGUCCCCCAAACCCCCUUCCCCGGAGAAACCCCCGGCAGGAGCCCCCCCUGCCCCGUGCCCGGCGGUGCCAGCCCUGUCCCCCUGUGCCAAGGGCCCUGAGGGGGGUGAGGGGGGCCCAGACUCUGCCCAGAGCAAGCUCAUCAUGCUGGUGGAUGAUUUCUACUACGGCCGGGACGGGGGCAAGGGCGCCCAGCUGCUGCCCUUCCCCAAGGUGCCCACGUCCUUCCGCUGCCCACACUGCACCAAGAGGCUCAAGAACAACAUCAGGUUCAUGAACCACAUGAAGCACCACGUGGAGCUGGACCAGCAGAACGGCGAGGUGGACGUGCACACCAUCUGCCAGCACUGCUACAGGCAGUUCUCCACCCCCUUCCAGCUCCAGUGCCACCUGGAGAACGUCCACAGCCCCUACGAGUCCACCACCAAGUGCAAGAUCUGUGAGUGGGCCUUCGAGAGCGAGCCCAUGUUCCUGCAGCACAUGAAGGACACCCACAAGCCUGGGGAGAUGCCCUACGUGUGCCAGGUGUGCCAGUACCGCUCCUCCCUGUACUCCGAGGUGGACAGUCACUUCCGGAUGAUCCACGAGGACACCCGGCACCUGCUCUGCCCCUACUGCCUCAAGGUCUUCAAAAAUGGGAAUGCUUUCCAGCAGCACUUCAUGAGGCACCAGAAGAAGAGUGUUUAUCACUGCAACAAGUGCAGGCUCCAGUUCCUCUUUGCCAAGGACAAAAUCGAGCACAAGCUGCAGCACCACAAAACCUUCCGCAAGCCCAAGCAGCUGGAAGGGUUAAAACCUGGAACCAAGGUGACAAUCAGGGCGUCCAGGGGCCAACCGCGGACGUUGCCGGUCUCUUCCAGCGACAUGUCCCAGGGCCUGGGACAGGACACAGCUCCUCUGUCCUCCUCCUCAGACCCCCAGCCCAUCUUCCUGUACCCUCCUGUCCAGAGGAACGUCCAGAAAAGAGCCGUCAAAAAAAUGAGUGUCCUGGGCAGACAGACGUGCCUGGAGUGCAGCUUUGAGAUCCCAGACUUCCCCAACCACUUCCCCACCUACGUGCACUGCUCCCUGUGUCGCUACAGCACCUGCUGCUCCCGGGCCUACGCCAACCACAUGAUCAACAACCACGUCCCUCGGAAGAGCCCCAAAUACUUGGCUUUGUUCAAGAACUACACUGCCUGUGGGGUGAAGCUCUCCUGCUCCUCCUGCCUCUUUGUCACCUCAGAGGGGGACUCCAUGGCCAAGCACCUCGUCUUCAACCCCUCCCACGAGUCCAGCAACAUCAUCCUCCAAGGCCCCCCUUGGAUCUCACAUUCCAGGCACCUCCAGGGCCAGGCCCCGAGCCCGCAGCCCCCCAGCCCUCCCAGCUCCAUCCCAGCCCAACCCGCGGCUCCCGACCCCGAUCCCGACCCCGCUCCCGCCCCGGAGCGGCAGGAGGAGGAGAACCCCGGCGAUCCCGGCGAUCCCGACGAUCCCGGCGCGGGGGAGGCCCCGAGGGAGCCGGAGGGGGGCCGGAAGGAGCAGCUGUCGGUGAGGAAGCUGCGGGUGGUGCUUUUCGCCCUCUGCUCCGACACCGAGCAGGCGGCCGAGCACUUCAGGAACCCCCCGCGCCGCAUCCGCCGCUGGCUCCGCAGGGUCCAGGCGUCCCAGGAGGAGAACCUGGAGGGGAAGUACCUGAGCCUGGAGGCCGAGGAGAAGCUGGCGGAGUGGGUGCUGACCCAGCGGGAGCAGCAGCUGCCCGUCAACGAGGAGACCCUCUUCCAGAAGGCCACCAAGAUCGGGCGCUCGCUGGACGGGGGCUUCAAGAUCUCCUACGAGUGGGCCGUGAGGUUCAUGCUGAGGCACCACCUGAGCACCCACACGCGCCGGGCCGUGGCCCAGCCGCUGCCCAAGGGCGUGGAGGACAGCGCCGGCUCCUUCAUCGAGUUCGUGCAGCGCCAGAUCCACACGCAGGACCUGCCCCUGUCCAUGAUCGCCGCCGUGGACGAGAUCUCCCUCUUCCUGGACGCCGAGGUGCUGGGCGGCGGCGGCGACGACCGCCGGGAGAACGCCCUGCAGACCGUGGGCCACGGCGAGCCCUGGUGCGACGUGGUGCUGGCCAUCCUGGCCGACGGCUCCGUCCUGCCCGCCCUGGUGCUCUACCGGGGCCACGUGCGGGCGCCCGCCAACGUGCCCGAGUGCAUCCUGCUGGAGGCCCGGGAGGGCGGCUACAGCGACGACGAGGUGAUGGAGCUGUGGGCGUCGCGCGUGUGGCACGAGCACGUGGCCUGCCAGAGCGGCAAGGGCAUGCUGGUGCUGGACUGCCACCGGACCCACCUGAGCGAGGAGGUGCUGGCCGUGCUCAGCUCCUCCAGCACCCUGCCCGCCGUGGUGCCCGCCGGCUGCAGCUCCAAAAUCCAGCCCCUGGACGUUUGCGUCAAGAGGACCGUGAAAAACUUCUUGCACAAAAAGUGGAAGGAGCAGGCCAAGGAGAUGGCGGAGGACUCCUCGUGCGACUCGGACAUCCUCCUGCAGCUGGUCCUGUGCUGGCUGGCCGAGGCGCUGGAGGUCAUCGGGGACUCGCCGGAGCUGGUGCAGCAAUCCUUCCUGGUGGCCAGCGUCCUGCCCGGCCCCGACGGCACGGCCAACUCGCCGGCGCGCAACGGGGACAUGCAGGAGGAGCUCAUCGCCUCGCUGGAGGAGCAGCUCAAGCUGGGCCGGGGCGAGGAGGAACCCCCCGAGCCCCAGGAGGGGGAGACCCGCCCCGAGGAAGCGGCGGAUCCCGAGAUCCUCCACCGGCUCUUCGAGGGAGAGAGCGAGACCGAGUCCUUCUACGGCUUCGAGGAGGCCGAGCUGGAGCUGCUGGAGGAGGAGGAGACCUGAGCUGAGACACACAAAAAAAGAACAGAGAAAAAAAAAAAAAAAAGGGGUUAUUUUUUUGAGAAUAAACGUUGGAUUGAGACCAUGACACUUCCCUGUGGAUUUGUGGGGUUUUAGGAAUUUUUUUCGUAGGCGAUCGCUCGAGAUUCAAAUAAAACA